GGCACUCAGUUGUUGGAUAUAGCUUAGAUGGAGAUCAGAAGUUGACCUACAGUGAAGAAGUGGUCCCAGCUAUACCUACUGCCAAGGUUUACAAGGUAUGCAGCACUGAUCAUGUCGUUAAUGGACAAGGACUGCCGAUACCACUUGGACACUUUUUUUAAUACAAUCCUGUAUUGUUCAAAGGUUCUCCAUUUUAUGUGCCCGAUGAGGAAGUUAACAGACUUUUCAGGAGGAGUUGUGGUACUAAGCUUAUACAGUCUUCAAAUGCUCUCCCAGAGGUUCAGGAUAAGGAAUGGGGCUUGGAUGUCUUCAUAGAGAGARUUMAUCUCCUCACACCAAAGGCCUCAAACCUGAUUUAAUGGGCUUCUCUGAGACUACAGGGAGCGAUAUCUGAGAGACAUAGUGCAUUGAAAAUGAUUGUCAGGAUAUUUGGUGUUCUGUUAUUGUAUUUGAUGUAUUGUUAUUAGCUUUGUUGACAGUUUGGAAAUGACCUAAUGUCGAAAUAUGCCAAGUCAAUUCUUUCAUAUGGAAAAUGAACUGAAUUUCAUUUUAAUAUAAAAUUGCAGACAUAUUGCCUUUGCUUUUUAUUGUUAGUUUGUAUCAUAUUUCUAUCAUAGAUAUUUUGUCUUAUUGAAAACAUUUCUCUACAGUGAAGGCAAGGAACUUUUAGAAACUUUAGAUACAUUAGAUACUCCAUAGUAAUUGUUAUACUGAUUCUGAACGGUCUUGAAAUGCAUAGGCUACCUCAUUGCAAACAUCCGAUUAGCCACACCAGGGUACUGCAUUGGAUUAUGCGCUUCCUUCUUUUCACGUGCUGUCACAUAGACCCGAUUGGCUGUUGCCUAGAUACUAGACCUACAUUUUUAGUAAACAUAGCGAGGGUAUCAGGGACGAAAAUAAGCUUAAUUUUAGAAAGGAGAAAUGCCGAAACCACAAAAGGAAACGAUCAGCAUACCUCCACCUGGGCGAUGGAACUGGAAUGAUGAAACCCAAGCCCUCGAGUUCACCAGUUUGAAUACAUCUGUGGAGGUAAAAGAAAAGAGAAAAAAGACUAAACCUGUCAAUUUUCAAGAUCUUGCCAGCAAGCGCCCGGAGAGGCAAACACAGUCAUCGGCCAAGAGGGGGGGACAAAGCAGCAGGAAGACUGUGGGUCCUGCUCAACUCAAUGCCUACAAGUCCUCAGUAAAACGGGGUCAGAGGGACUAUGUGACCAUCGAGGAUGUGAAACAGGUGGCACUCAGUUUGCUGCAGGAGAAUGAUGCACUCCCCAUUCCACUUUGCUUCCUGUCUGUGUUGAAGAGCAGAGAGCUGGAUGAGUUCCUGGCUGCCCUCCUGCUCUACCUGUCCUGUUACUUUGAGAGGAARUCUCUGGAGAAGAAGCCCAAGCCUCUCAUGGCUGAGCAGAGUAUCACAGAGAAGCAGGUGAUGGCGGAGACCCUUGCUAAGGUGGAGCUGGCCCAGAAGCAGCUGGCCUUCUGCUACUCCAGCCUGGUCCUGGGCCUGGGCCUGUCCCAGCAGCACCACAUGGCCUGUGGCAGGAGCCGUGUGUCAUUGACCUACAAAGACAGGCGGUUGUAUGAGUGUCUGUACAGCUUCUUCUGCUACGUGGCGUGGGUAACGUUCAGUAGGAAGGACCUGAGGGGCAUACAGGAGGAGGUGGGGCGCCUGCUGCGUUCUGACACCUUCAACCCCGCCCUCAGGACCAGGAUAGAUGCCACAGAGGACACCCUGGCCCAGGACACCUCCACCAAAGAGGGACAGACUGAGCCCAAAGUGCACACACAGAGCCACAACGCCCCAGAGCAAAGGAAGUCCCAGCGKCGUCCGGCCUUGAGUAAGAUCGUGACCCAGCGCUCCCCGGUCAUGGUGUCCCUGCUGCCAUAUCCGCGGGAGGAGGCUCCUCAUCUGUUCCGCCGSUACAGACCCAGGAAGCCGAGCCAGGCCAAGCUGUGUAACCCAGAGACUCUGAUGGAGGAGCUCAAAGAGCAGCUGGCCUCUGUCAGCUUUGGGAUUCUGGGGAAGCCUCUGAGCCAGUUCAGCUGCACCACCCUCAUGCCCCAGGGAGCCAACAACGAAGACGAGGAGGAGGAGGAAGAUGAUGAGGAUGACGAUGAUGAAGACUCCGGCGUCCAUGUUCAAAGCAGUAAGARCACCUUCAUGGCUCAGAGACCUGUCGCAUCAGCAGUGGACCAACGCGGCAGCCUCAGCCGCGCCAAUACAGUCAUCUCACGGGCCACCACAGAGGGAGUGUCCUCAGACACAGAGUGAGAGUAUGUGCGCGUCCCCCAAAAUUUGACCAAUAAAAAAAGAACAAAAACAUAUAAAAUGAUGUAUCAUUAGUCUCUCUUUGUUUCAUAAUUGGCCUUCAAUUUGCAUGUGGCUGAAUGUAUCUCACCAGAGAAAGCAUCCGAUCGAGCGAAACGGCGCC